UCAUUAUCGAAAGUGGAUUCAUCGCGAUAGGUUGUGCUGCGCAGUGUUUCCGCGUGUUCCACGUUUUCAAGUGCAAAAGCUAAUAAUUUUAGACUUUUUAUUGCUAAAUAUUCAGUAGAAAGCAAGCGAUUGAUUUCCAGUUUUGUUGCGUUUGAACUGUUGAUUUUACUGUUCCAAUUCUGCUAGCAUACGGUGAAAUCUAUAAAUUUGGAAAAUGGCCGAUCAAGACGCAAAUGGGUACAACGACGAGGGUAGUGAUUUCAAGCGCAAUAAUAAUAGCAAAUAUCAGGAUGAUACUGAAGACGUGGAGGAAGAACAGGAAAACCCCCAGAAUCAGAAAGCGCAAGAAUAUAUAAAGGGGAUGAUAGCGGAACGACUUUCUAUCGAGAAAAAAUAUCCAAUUGCUGAUCGCUUGUUGGAAGUUGAAAUUGAAAACGUUCAGAAGACUGGUAAACCGCCAGUCCGUCGCUACAUUGAUAUCUACCGUGAGAAACACAUUAAAGUUAGCGUGAAGGUUUUGGUUCCGAUUAGGGAACAUCCACGAUUCAACUUUGUCGGUAAACUGCUCGGUCCGAAGGGGAACACAUUGAAGCGGUUGCAGGAAGAUACAUUAACUAAAAUGGCGAUUAUGGGCCGAGGUUCGAUGAAGGAUCGUAAAAAAGAGGAGGAAUUACGAAAUUCGAUGGAUACCAAAUAUGCCCAUCUGACCGAUGAUCUGCACGUCGAGGUGAGCGCAAAUGGACCCCCGGCCGAGGUUCAUGCUCGCAUUGCCUACGCCUUGGCGGAACUGCGCAAAUAUCUGAUUCCGGACAGCAACGACUUCAUCCGUCAGGAACAGCUGCGUGAACUGUUGGAAGAUCCGGAGAGCGAAAUUCAGACGAAGAAAAUGUAUAAGAAACCGAUGAUGCAGAUGGAACCCCCGCCACCACCUACGAUUUCCGUUUCCAGACCCACCCAAGCACCGAAUAAGAUUCUCUCAAUUUUGGAAAAAGCUCGAGUUGCAAUGGAAGACACGCAUGCACCAAGACAAAUGGUUCCGCAGCACUACGCGGAACCCGGUUAUGAUGGUUACGAACAACCAAGCUAUUCGUAUCAACAAGGACCCCCGGCAGGUCGACCCAAAUACGCUCCACAAGGGCCCGAAUACGAACAAGAGUAUCGUGGUGAAUACUACCGGCAACCAGGGCCCUAUUCAGCUGCACCGAAGCCGAUUCCCGCCAACGCCGCCGCCCGACCCUGGAAACCAUCGCCGUAUGGAAUGGCACCACGAGGCGGCCGUACUGAGGAUAACUCAAUCAAGCACGGUGUCCGCGAAGCUGUUCCCCGUUAUCGACAUACCCCGUACGGUCGACCCUAGAACCCUAGGUCAUUUGUUGCAUUAUUCAUGAAACAUUAAAGCAAACAUUUAAUAAUUUACAAACCUAACUAACAGGACAACAGAGUUCGAACAGAAUAUACAAUAUUAGUGGACACUGAUCUUAUUUUACAUCAACUGUUCGAAAAAAAAAUUCAAUCUAUAAUCUUACGACGUUAGAGUUUGAAGUAUUCAGAAGAAGAUGCAGACAAUCUGCAAUCAAUCAACGGUGAAAAUGAAAACUACUAGAUAAAGUUUAAACAAACUAAAACUUGGCAAUUUGGAUUGUGUUAUAUUAAGAGCACAGAAAUAUAAUAACUCAUAACGUAAUUGAUUUUAAUACAUAAAAAACACUACAAAGUAUCUUGCAAAUGACACAAAAUUACUCCAUGCAGUAAAAACCUACAAACAGAGUAAUUCAGGUAUCUAAAGGAACGACGGUAAAAACCGAUGUAUAAUGAAGUACUAUAUUGUAGCAGAUCAGAAAAAUAAAAUCCCAAGCAAGAUAAAUUAGUUCGUUUAGAGUCAAAUUUGAUUUGCCACUAAAAGAUAAUAAAAAUGUAUGUUAGGAGAGGAUUCAGUUUUAAUAUUCUUAGAUUUAAAUAAACCUUAAGUUUAUAAAAUACGUUUAUAAACCCUUUGUCUGAAUAAAACAUUCAACAAACCAAUAA